AUGUCAGUAGAGCCCACGUCAAAAAAGGUACGCACAGCACCCAAAUCCCCCUUGUACACUGUUUCAUUUACUAGAAAGGAUUUAGAAGGCAUACAGCACCCACAUACUGAUGCACUGAUUAUAACUGUGAGAAUUGGGAAAUGGUUUGACGUAAAACGAGUCCUGGUAGAUCAAGGCAGUGCAGCAGACAUAUUGUAUUAUGACUUGUUUAGAAAGCUUGGUCUCUCCGACCAGCACCUCACCCCAGCAGCAGCUCCAUUAGUCAGCUUCAAUUCACAGCUAGGAUGGCCACUUGGCAGAAUAGUGUUGCCAGUUGUGGUAGGAACGAAGACCCUCCAGAUAGAAUUUCUAGUUAUUAAUACACCAUCCCCUUAUAACGCCAUACUAGGUCGUCCAUGGAUUCACCGAAUGAAAGCAGUCCCUUCAACCUACCACCAACUCAUCUGUUUCCCAACGGAACACAGAGUAGAGCAGAUCUUAGGGGAUCAAGUUGCGUCAAAACAUUGUUUCAUGGCGGCAUUGAAGGCUAAUCAACUUUGUAACUGGGUACAGAUAGUGGAAGUGGCCGAACAACAAGUCUUGGAAGAUGUAGAGGGGGCCUAG